CAAUGAUGCCAUCAACACAAAUCCAACCGACGAUGGCAGCGAACGUGGCGAUGGAGCUCUUUGCCAAGGUCGCGAGCCUCCUCGUGGGCCGCUUCACAGUCUCGUUUGAGAACGAGCUGCGCUUCAUGGCGGAAAUGACGGGCUCGGCCGCCGCCCACGCGAUGCGCGUCGACAACGUGCCGCAGCAAGUCGUGCGCACGGCGACGACCGCCCUCUCGCGCCUCUAAGCCAACACGUAUUCCUUGUAGACUCUA